GAGCUUGGAGUUGUGACGUAGGAAAUCUCACUGUGUCUGAACCUGUCAUUUGGGUUUGCCAGAGGUUCACAGUGAGCUAGAUGCAGAAAUACUUAGCAAUGCAAUUUCACAUUUAUUUUUCUCAUGAUAUGUCCUGUAGCAUCAGAAAAAUACCAUAUGAACAUGUAGACAACAAGAAAAACAUGAUUUUCAUCCGAGUGGGUCUUUAAACAAUGAAUAUGAGUAAAAUCAAAUGUUGAUGUUGAAUUAAAUCUAAUGGAAGUUGAAGGUUUAAUGAAUGGUUUCCAAAUCAACAUUCAUAUUUUCAACGACCACUGGUGCAAGGUGUUUUAAAAACUGUCAGUGCUGUCGAGGUGUAAAAGGCCUCUGUCUGAAUAUCAUUGAGAAAACUUAAGGGGCAGGGACACUGACACCAGCUCUUAGCUAGACCCCUGGAUCCAGAAUAAACUCAGUUUAACUUCUAAAACCAGGUUAUAUGAGAGCCCUUGUGUAUCUAAGAAAUUCCUCAGGACUUCCCAAGAAAAGCUGUAAGACAUGACUAAUCAGAGUUAAAUCUGGAUGCUGCUAUAUCAACCCAGAUCUGGAAAAAUAGAAGAAGAGUAUCAUGAAUGCCUUGAUCACAUUCACCUCCAGUCAUUUUCCAUUAUAUGUGAGUGGUGCUUUCAGGACUUUUCACACGUUUAAUAACCUUGAAGAGACAAGUGAAGGAGUUGACGAUGAAAGCUGCCACUUUCAAACAGAAUUCAAACAAAGCAGAGCUGUUCUAAUGAUUAACCUAAUAUACCCCCCACACACACACAAACACACACAUUCAGCUCAAGUGGAAAAUGUCUUUGUGAAGUGUGUGUUUCUAGAGAUCAGUCUCAGGUUGAACUCCCCGCUGACAGCUCUAACUUCUCUCUGUUUGUUUCUUGUCAGAGUAGAAGAACAUUAAACACCACACUUUCUCUCGAUCAAGAUUCAGGGGAGUCAUUUUAUUGAGAGUUUUUGACCUCAAAGAGAAGGAUCCUUUGCUUGAGGCAGGCUGUGAAUAUCAGGAGAGCUCUUAAUGUCUGAGAGUCCCAAAGUUUACUGAACAGAGCACCUCGGCGUCAGAUUUCUGCCCACUGAUCCACUGAGGAUUCACCUCAGGUUAAUGUUGUUUUUAUGACUAAUGUUUCAGUCUUUUAAAUGGGUUUCCUUUUCCCACAUUAAAUAUAUCACAUUACAACAUGAGCAAGUAGGCCUCACUCAUUCAUUCAACAGUGUAUUUUUGAUGGGAAUAUGGAUCUCAUUAAAUUCUCUGUUAGGCUCUUAUCGUGUUCUUGGCUGUGCAGGUAAAACCCAUGAAGAAAUUUGAAAUUUUUUAAUCAUUUUGUUGGAGAGUUACCUGCUAUGGGAAGCAUGUGUUCCAAAACUUUGCUGAAAUGAAAAAAAAGUCAUCUUAAUAGUGAUGCUGCAGGAGCAAACCGGAUCAUCAGUACUUGGGAUUAAACUUCCUGGCGCCAGGAGCGUGUCCAUGAAAGAGCAGAGGUGGCCUUGGCCCUUGGUGGUAUGAUUGAGGUUGGGAAAAGGGCACAUAUACUGUAUGUGUUCAAAGUUGGACCUUGAUCAUGCUUAUAAAAUACUAAACAGAUUAAACUCUAUGUGGAGUAGGCACAGUAAAGGCUUUUUUCAAAGUGAGACGUUAAAGUUUGAUGUUCCGCCACAGCCACAACCUUAAUGGGAUAUACCAGCAUAAGUUUAAGCUAUGGUCAAACACACUGUAACACAGAGUUAGACCCCCUCCUUCAGAGAGCCGUCCACUUGCUUCUCUAGUCAUACCAACUGUAGUUACGACCGUACGAUAGCAAUAAACAGCGGUCUAUGUCUCCACGAGCAAACCUCAACCAAAACGCCACUCUAUAGCCACAAAUUAAGCUCAGAACAGCACCUAACUUCAGUACAUGUAGGUUCCAAGUCAUAGUACUAGCCAUCAAACAUCUUUUUAGCUUUGCCUGAUUUCUUUAGCAAAGAGACCAAACACAACUCACUCACUCUCUUCCAGCAGCUGCUUGUUUGAAGGGGGAGCCCUGACGAGUUGAUCACUGAGUGCAGCGGAGUUUAGCAGCCCAAGGAAGAACAUUUAGGAUUAUUUAAUCAUUUUAUAUCUUGUAUGUAAACUGCAGACACGGUAGUUCUUCUGCCUUAGUGUCUCGGUCUGCUUGCUUAAAUAUCCAUAACAAAAAGCAACAUUAUGAAUUUCAGCCUGUUUCUCACUAGUACAAAAACUCCUCACAGGAGCUUUAAGUUUUAAUUAUGUUUGCAAGUUGUCUGUUGACUCAGUUAGUAAUGCAUAUUAUUGAGUUUAUGAUGACUAGGUGUCAAAAUGUUUCUAAAAAUCAAAACCAGAUGAAAAGGAGAAGUAAAACACUCAUUGACUGAUUUAAAAAGUCACAGCACAUUUUAAGCAUCAGCUAUUAAACUGAUUGCAUCAAUAAAAAGGCAAUUAGAAGUUAAUAUUUCACUUUCAGACAGCAUCUAAACUCAGGUGACCAGUUUCAAAUAACACUUAACCAGAGAUAUUUACCGUUCUUACUCGUUUCCCUGAACUUUCACGAGAUAAAUCAACCUGAGAAAUAUUUCAGGAAACACUUCAAAACCCAGAAAGUACAGUUCCUCCUGCUUUGAUUGACACACAGAGGGGAGGGUCAAUCCUUCACCAAACCACUUUUAGUCCCGCCUCACAGUGUGUACUUUACUGGUGACUUGAGGCUAUAAAAUGAAGGAACUUACUGUAACCGGGACGCACUCUGGAGCUGGAGUUCCCGAUGAGAACUCCCUCACAGAAACCUCAAUGCUUUGAUCAGAGCUCACACACUCAGAUAUCGCUGUCGCUUUCCUCUCACUCCUGAGCCGAAAACAUCGAUCAAGUCGCCGGGUAGAGACAGAGCAGAGCCAUGGCAGGGGACGGGUCUGACCAGCGGGCGCUGCAGUAUGAACAAACUCUGGUAAGUUUGACUUGUUGCUGCUCUGAACUUUGUUCGCUGUUACCGCACUUUGUGUGUGCAGAGGAGACAAACCACGCUCCACUGACGGAUCUUUUCGCUUAUCUCUGCCUUGUUUGCUGGCUACACAUCUGGGUCUGGCUACAUGACAGCGAGCGACCGAAACGUGUUUAAAAGUUGUGUUUUAAUUGAAUUAAAUGAACAUUGGUGUAUUAAAUGCAUGCCGAAUUAAACAUUGUGGCCAUGUGCUUGUGGGAGUUUCUAUUUGAGGGUAUUUAUUUGCUUCCACUUUUAGAUGAAUAAUAAGUUGUGAAAUUUUAAAUGGUGUUUGGUGCCCUGCCCACUCACGUGAACGUGGCUGAGGUUUGAGCUGUGUGAAGCUGUUGUGUAUGACUUAUCUGAUAAAUCUCAAUUACCUCUCUGAUUACUAUGAGGUGGUAUGUACCAAAGGAGAGAGCUCUGUGUUGUCUAACAGUGACAGUUAAAUUUAUGUAGCUACCAGCUCAGGAACUGUACAGGUAUUCCAGGUGCUUGAACAUCUGGAUUUUGCUACCCCAGUGUAUGUAGUUUUGAUUGUGGUAAAACCUCACUCUCAGAAUUCUUAUCUUAUCAAAAACGGCCAUUAAUAUAAGGGAGAGGUGGGUUAGAAAAUAAAUGAAUGCUUGAAAGUGCUGUUGAGUUGAGCCUAAGAACCAAAACACCAAGCAGGGGUGUGCCGAGAGAUGAGGCCAGGGGUUAGCCCUCAAUACCCCUAACUAUGUCCUUAAUCACUUCCACUUUGAUAUAAAGCGCACUCUGAUUGAAGAUCAUGACCAGUUCAAACGCAUGGCUAUCAAAUGAAUCACUCUCACUUGACACUUAGAGGUUGGGGACUCUCAGUGUAACAUGACUUCCACAACGAAAAGCUCAUGGAGUGGAAAUGUUAAGGAGGAGGGUUUUGAGGUUGCUGUAACAGGUUGCUAGAACUAGAUGUAACACAUUUUCCUUUUUUUUUUUUUUUUUUUUUUUUUUUGGUAUUUUAAGUUCUCAAAAAAAAACUUGGCACAUCUAUUUUGCAAAACAGACAAAUGAGUAAGAUAAAACUUGUAUGCAAGCUUCUGCACACUUUGCCAGUACAGCAAAAAAACACGUAUUGGGAAUAUUUUUGGCUGUGAGACCAUGUGUAGAAGUUUGCCCUUACAUUGCCAACCAUUUGACUGAAAUGGUUAAUAAGCAAUAAUGUGUGUUUGUAUACUUUGUGUCUCAGUUGGGCCAUGUUAAAAAAGUUGUGACGAUGUCUUGAACAUUUAUUUGUGGAUCAUAAAUACUGACUUUCCCUCUUAAACCUUGUACCGACACAGUUUAACCAAAAUAUGCAGAACGGACGAAAGCAAGCUGUUUGAAGUGUGUAAACCUUGAAUUAUUAUGAAACAACUUGCUGCUUGGAGCUUAAUAGAUUAGCCAAAUUCCCACUCGGCUCUUGGUGAUUUAUGAAAGCCCUGGUGUAAAGUUUUGUUAUUUAUGAGUUCUUGUCAAAAAAGCUACUCCACUCUGCUUUGACAUAUUUUUUAACUUUGCUGACUUUGUUUACAUUCCCAACUGUGAUU